AUGUUGUUCGCCCCAAUUUGUGGCUAUUUUGGUGAUCGCUAUAACAGAAAGUUCAUUAUGGAAUGUGGGCUGGUCGUUUGGAUGAUUGCCGUGGUUUUAUCGACAUUUUGCGGACCUGCAAAUUUCUAUUUAUUUAUGCUGUGCCGAGGUAUCGUUGGCAUUGGCGAAGCCUCUUAUGUUACCGUCGCACCGACCAUUAUUGCGGAUAUGUAUACGGGCAAUCGUCGGAGCACCGCGCUGAUGGUUUUCUACUUCGCAAUACCAGUUGGAAGUGGACUGGGGUACGUCACCGGCUCACUUGUUUCGCUAUGGACCGGUGCGUGGCAGUGGGGUGUCCGUCUGACGCCCAUCCUCGGGAUCGUCAGUUUCAUUUUAUUGCUUUUUGUUGUUGAUGAACCGGUGCGCGGUGAAGCGGAGCACGCCAAUCCGGAGCCGUCUACAUUCAUUGAUGAUGUCAAAUAUCUGUUCACUGUGCGAACGUAUGGUGCAACAACACUUGGUUUAACUGCCGUGGUCUUUACAACCGGAUGUUUGGCGUGGUGGACACCCACUCUG